AUGGAUGUAGCGCUGAUGGCCCUGCACCCCCACAUCGCGAGCCCCCACGCGGGUGUGCGCGACGCUGCGCUGCAGGCGCUCGAGACGAUGCUGGCCAACGCCUCGUUUACCGCGCUCAAUAUGCUCACGCUCGUGCGCACAUGCGUGCCGGCCGCGCUUGCGCGCCUGCACGACGCGCCCCGGGCCGAGACACUCCUGCGCCACAUGGCUCGAAUCGUGUACAGCGAGCGCGCGGAGGCCCUGCCUGUGCGGGAGAACGACGCGCCACACACAGUCUUUGAGCGCCUCGUGCGCGAUCACGGCCUCGCGGCCACGUCGCCGCAUGUCCGCAUGCAGGUGCUCCGCCUCCUGCCCCUCCUGCAGCAGGACGGCGCGCGACUGCCCGUACGCAUGUACCUGACGGAGCUCGCCGACAACCUGCAGCAUGCCGACGCACACGUGCGCGAGGCCGCCAAGGCCGCGAUCCUCGCCCUCCUGCACGACGCGCCGCCCGCGCUCAAGUCCGAGUUGCGCGACGAGCUCAGUGUGCGCGACGUGCACCGUGGCGUGCUCGACGAGAUCACGCACGGACUGGGCGGCGCCAAGGCGCCGUUGCCCGACGAGCUCACGGCGAUUGCCGAUGACGUCAAGCCCGUGUACGUCCUCUCACGCUACGACGUGGACCAUGCGUUCCAGCAGGCCGCGCAGGCAUUCGAGGGCAAGGAGACCGAGCUCAACUGGCAGCCGCGCGAGAAGGCCGUCGUGGCGAUGCGCGGCAUGAUCCGUGCCGGCGUGCCCCCUGAGCUCGUCGCGCCCUUCCUCGCGCAUGUGCGGCAGGUCCAGGAUGGCCUCCUGAAGACGCUCGCGAGCCUGCGCACGACGCUCUCGAUGCAUACCAUUGCGCUCAUCCGCCAGCUGGCACUGACCUACGGCACACACAUGGAGCCAACGACCAUCGACGCAUUCCUCACGGCGCUCCUGCGCAUGGCCGGCACUACCAAAAAGAUGGUCGCGACGGCCAGCCAGGUUGGCGCGUCGACCAUCCUGGCGUGUGUCCCGAUGCGGCACGCGUACUGGCACAUGCUCCAGGCGGGCCUCCAGGACAAGAGCGCCGCGACCCGUGUGCACAUGUGCAAGCACAUCCAGGUCGUCCUCAGCGUGCAUGCGCCGCCUGCGCUCGAGCACCACGGCGGCCGCGAGGCAGCAGCCCACUGCCUCACCAAGGCCCUGUGUGAUCCUCACGCGGAGGUCCGCACAGCCGCGCGCGAGACCUUCCACACAUUCUACACGGUAUGGAAAGAAGACGGCGAGCACCUCCUUCUGGGCCUCCCCGCGCCCACGCGGAAGCAGGUCGCGGCCAGUCUCGAGCAGGGGCCCGGGCCUUCGCCUCGACGGACCCCGUCGCGCGCGGGCCCGUCGCGCGCGAUCCUCGCGGCGAAGCGCGCAGCACUCGCUCAGAGCCCCAUGCGCGAGCCGCGGCGCAUGCCCCGCGAAUCCGUGUGGCACCCGAGCCUCGUGGAUGGGCCCGAUGCGUCGACCGACCUGCUGGGGCCCGACAGCCCCUGGCGCGAGAACGACGCGGACGCCGCCGACCGACUAGACAGCAUGGCGAGCCCCGACGCGCGCGACCCUUCUACACCCGUGCGCCAUGCGCACGUAGACGCGGCGACGCCGUCCGAGGCGACGCCCGUGGCGCCGCAUGACACCCCGGCGGAGGGCCCGUCGCCGGGCGCAGCGACGCCGACGGCCUCGCCGGCCCUAGCGAGGACGCCCGCAUCGGCGCUGCCACGCCGUGUCUCCCGGCCACCCACGUCCGCCGGCCCCGCGCGGCCCGGCGCCUCGCCGGAGGCCGGAGCGAGUGCAGGGCCCGCGUCCGCGCCGGCCGUUCCGUCGUCGUCGUUCGCGUUCCGUGCGCCAUGGCAGCCAAGCGCGGCGCCGCCCGUGCGAAAGAGCGGAGUGGCCCCGACUGCGCUACCACAGACCGCCGCAUCGUGGUUCCUAACGCGGUACGAGCGGUGCAUGCAGAGCGUCGGCGCCGAGGUGCCAACCUGGGACGAGGCCCUGGCGCAUGCCACGCCGCUACGCGUGCUGCAGGCGGUGGCACAGGCCCUCGACACACCACCGAGCGUAGACCAGGUGCAUGCGGCGCUGGGAGCGGUCGCGCCGUGCUUGCCCGACGGGGCCGUGGCCGAGGCUGAGACCGAGGUGUGGUUCUGGGCCCUGCUGGUCCUGUACCGUCUUGCGCCGCACGUGCGUGGUACGCCCGAGGAAGGCGCGUGGCUCACGCACAUGCUGCGGGCCGUGCACGCCGACGCCGCCCACAGCACGCUGGCGAUGGGCGCGGGGCGCGCUAUGGUCGAUGCGUGGCUCGAGCAGAACACCGACGCGCUCUCGGCGUGCGAGGGCCUCUUGCAUGCGCUUGGCGCGCCGGAAGCGCAGGAGGCCGCGCGCCUCGCGCUCGCGCUCUACGCGAUGGAGCAGCUCGUGCCCCGCAUGCCGAUGGCAGAGCCGGGCGCGGAGCUGCGUGCCAUGGUGCCGUUGGUCCACACGGGCCUGCGGCACAGCAGCACGCCCGUGCGGCGCGCGAGUGUCGCUGUGCUCGUGCAGGUGCAUGUCCGCUGGGCCGAGGUGCAGGGCCCCGAGGCACUGGCGCACAGCGAUACAGCGCUGUUCGCCUCGCUCACGCCGAGCGAGGAGCGGCUGGUGCAGUACUACCUGCCGCGCGCCGCUGUCACACCGGCAUCACAUGCAGCGGAGCCGGCCGCCCCAUAG